AUGCUCACGGAGGCGGAGGGGGAUGGCCUGACCCAGAUGGCCGAGGGCCUGGUGCAGCGCUACAGGGAGGCUGGGAGGGCACCUCCGAAGGUCCUCUAUGUCGACCGGGACUGCUGCGCGGCUGGGGCAGCAGCCGGGAUGUACCUGGAGUGGCCUGAGCUGGUGGUGCGCCUUGACAUCUGGCACCUCACGUGCAGGUUCGCAAGGGGUGUCAGCAUGGACAGCCACCUGCUCUACGGGCCAUUCAUGUCCCGUCUGUCCUUCGCCAUCUUCGAGUGGGACCACGCCGACGUGGAGCUGCUCACCCUGGCAAAGAGGAGGGAGGCCAAUCUCGGGGCGACGGCCCAGAUACAGUUGUCUAACGCCGAGCUGCUGUGCCACUGUCGACGUCGCACGAGGGGGGCGGCUGAGACGCAGCGGCUCAUCCAGGAGGCGCUGGACGCCUUCUGGGAGGCAAAGGACAACCUGGGAGUCGCCCUGAUCGACCAGGAGUUGAUGGCGCAGCAGUGGAGGUUGCAGCGGAGGCACAUGGGCUGCAUCCAGGACCCUCCGGGCGUGGACCUCUACACCAAGACGGGAGAGAUCACCAGGGGCGGGGUGAAGCUCCCCGUCUACCGCUGCGCGAGGGGAUCCACGUCGCUGGAAUCGUUCCACCUGCACCUGUGCCGCUUCAUACCAGGUACAUCUGCGAGUGACGUACACUUCCAGAUGUACCUGUUGGAGGGCCUGGUGCGGUGGAAUGAGAACCGCGCCAGAGCAGCAGUGGUCGGGGGAGGACUGGAGGCAACCCGGUGCUACAGCAGCGACCUCCAGCACAACCUGGAGUUGGCCACCCAGAGGCUGUAUGGCUGCACCCUGGUGGAGAGCUAUACCAGGCCCAGCGAGUACACCGGGGAGCUCAUCGGGGUGGAGUAUUUAUACUCUCAGUCGGGCGCCACCCUUGGUGAGUUGGGCGAUCCCGAUGCUGCCGAUGGCACGGAGGAGGGACAGGAGGAGGACGAGGGCUUCCACGACGGGCACGAGCUGCUUGGAGACCUGGGUGUGCCUGGCUAUGCUGAGGCUCUCCAGCAGCUGCUCCGGCAACCCCCGGCUUCCGCCACUCCACCUGAGGAGGAGUAG